AUGGAAAUAGAAAAGCUUAUUCUUGAGAAACAGGAACUACAAAAAGAGGUUGAAAAAUUAACAGCAAAAACAAAAAGAUUACUCAUGAUAUGUUCAUCAAAUAGUCCUAAAAAAAUAAAAGCUCAAAAAAACGACGCAUUACUCCAAACACCUAAAAAUUUAGAUUUAGUAAUACAAACACCUAAUAAAUUAGAUUUAGCAACGCAAACACCUAAUAAAUUAGAUUUAGAAGCGCCAAAGGUGGCAAUAAAAGACGCUAAGUUGAAUGACAAAAAUAAUCUGUUAUUAACACCAAACAAAAACAUAAAACUAGAAAAUAAGUUGGAGGAAGAUAUUCAGCAUAUGAGUAAAACAAAUUGCAAUGUUAAAAAGAAAAAAAUAAUUAUAUUUGGGACGCAACAAUGUGUUGGCCUAGCCUCAGCGCUGCUUCGUUCGAGAGAACAUACUAAAUAUGAGGCAUAUGAUAUAAUCGGUUAUACAAAACCUGAUGCCUUAACUGAAAGUGUACUAAAAACUUGUGUUCUCAAUCAAGACUAUGGGGUUUUAAAUAUCUAUGGUGCUAUGGCUUCAAAAACAAAAUUGUGCGCGGGAUGUUUAAAUAAAAUAACUAAUAAGGACUUUGUAACAUGUUCACUUUGCAAAGAUAUAUAUGACACAGUUUGCGCUAAUAUUUCUCACCAACGCCUUAUGCUGCUGGAGAAGGACAAGAAAGAGAAAUGGAUCUGCCCUGGUUGUAGGAAUAAAGAACGAAAGGGUGACAAUUUAAACACCCCAAUCCAGUCCAGAACGGGCCCGCGAGACCGUGGUGAUUCGUCACAGGAAAUUAGUACUCCUAACAGUGAUUACAUAACACAGCGUAAAAAACCUCAACUACCUAGUAAUCAGAAGAUGAGCUCACCUACACAACCCGGAGAUGAAUCCUUAAUGCUAACAAUUACAUCAGAAAUUAAAUCAUCAAUGGGAAAAUUUUUAAAUCAAGCUAUAGAGGAGUCAUCUAUAAAAAUGGAUUUAAGAACUAUAAAAGAGGAGUUAAGUUCCUUAAAAGAUAUCAAAAGCGGGCUUGAAUUUUUAAGUGCGGAAUAUGACAGAAUGAAAAAAGAAUUAAAAACGUCAGAAGAGCACAUAAAGUCGCUUUCAGCUGAAAACAGCAACUUACAUACAAAAGUGAACGAAUUAUCAAAUAGACUUGUUUUACUUGAGCAAUACUCGCGUGAGACGAAUAUUGAAGUGAAUGGUGUUCCGGAAAGUAAGACUGAGAACUUAAUUAAUGUUGCCAAACAAAUAUGCAAUACUGUAUCUAUCUCUACCGAUCUCAUCGAAUCAGCUACCUGUACCAGAGUUAGGAAGAUGAACGAUUCAAAUAAGAGGCCCCGCGCAAUUAUUAUAAAACUUCCCUCAGUAAAAACUCAUGAUGAGAUACUAGCAGCGGUAACGCAAUUUAAUAAAAAGAACGCAUCCAAUAAACUAAACACAGGACACCUGGGAUAUAUAGAAAACAAGUCGCCUGUUUUCGUUUCCGAACAUCUAGCGCCGUAUUUUAAAGCUCUACAUGCGAGGACUCGUCAAGUUGCUCGAGAAAAGCAAUACGAUUUCAUCUGGAUCCGUAACGGCCGCAUUUUUGUUAGAAAAAAUGACCAGUCCCCUGCAAAACAAAUAAAGUGUUACGAUAACCUAAACAGACUAUAA